AUGUACGCCCUACUCCCUCUCCUUUUAGCUUUGGUCGGCGACGUCAAUGGCUAUGCCUGGAUGGAGAAGCUCUCACAUGGUGGACCAGUUACGACACUGGAGCAGAGAGCUGCAACAUGCCCACUUCAUCUGUCUCCACAAGGCGCCGCACCGUAUAGCGAGUACUACCCUAGCAAGUACACCGGGGCAAGAGACGGCUUACCAGGCACCGGGAAGGGUGGUCUUCUGGUGCCUGCAGUCAAUGACACUGCCCAUGCAUACUCCCCUCCUUCGUCGAGGGAUAUUCGUGGACCUUGUCCCGGCUUGAAUAUGGCAGCUAGUAUGUUCAUCGACAUCGAUCUGCUACCGAAAGCUUACUUAUUACACAGAUCACAACUUCGUAUGCUCUGCUACUAUAGAGCAGGUCUAGCACACACAGCUGACUCAAUGAAUAGNAUUAGCCAUGAUGGUUUGACCAACUUUGUCGAACUAGUCGACUUUGCUCAGAACGUCUUCAACUGGGUUCGACGAUCGCUCUGCAACUAA